AUUCAUCCAAAAUGUCAGGCUCCGACUCAGAAGGCGGUGUCCCGCUCGUGGAGCCUAAGUUUAACACAGCAGCAACAGUGUCAGUCUCUAAGAAGCGAAAACGGGAAGCAGAAGCCGAGGCAGAGGCAAAGAAGAAAAAGAAGGCCAAGCAACGAAAGAAGAAGAAGCCCAAGAACAUCCUCGAUGAAGACUUGAACGAGCAGCUGGGUGUCAAUGUUGCGUUUGCGCGGAUGGAUGCGCAGUUGUUAGCCGAUUACAUCAAUCAGCGGACUGCCCAUUACUGGAAGGAUAUGAGUUCGGUGGAGCUUGAGGAUAGGUUUAUUCCAGUGCGUGCUAUCCAAGAUACCAGCGAGUGGGAAUGGCCCCGGAAUCUAGAGCAUCUGGCGAAGUUCUUGAAGAAGAGUUGCGGAAAGCUCAAGCCCGUUUCGACCAGCUCGAAGGGCAGCCCGCAUACUUUGAUCGUUGCUGGCUCAGGCAUCAGAGCGGCGAAUCUGGCAAGAGCCCUGAAAGACGGCCUUCCCAAUGAGGGAGUCAAGGCCCCGAAAGUUGGCAAGCUGUUCGCAAAGCAUAUCAAGCUAAAGGAAGCCAUCGAAUUCUGUUCUCGAGAAGGCAUGGACUUCGGCGUCGGCACUCCACAGCGAAUCUCAGAGCUCCUAGAGAGCAGCGCGCUAAAGUGCUCAAAUCUCAAGCACAUUGUAAUCGAUGCUUCAUACAUCGAUGAGAAAAAGCGUGGUAUUCUCGACAUGAAAGACCUGCAUAAAGCAGUGCUAGAUCUUCUUCUGAGAGGAGAGUUCAAAAGCUCUGAGGAUUCUUGGGAUGAUCAGUUCCGCUUGAUUCUCUACUAGGCAUUGUAUUUCCUUCUAUUGCACCCGAAAGUUGGUUUCUCAUGUAGUGGAGUCCGGGGACUGGAGUAAGAAUGGGUAUUGGCCCUUACAUCAAAAGUACGUGUGACUACAAGCUCCUCGAAUUCCGCAUAGAACAGGGAGCAGGGAGGAAGAAUCCAAUCCUCGAGGCGUUCUGUAGUACGUACAAGACGGGAACCUUGUCAACGCCAUCAAGCGGUCAUAAAACUCAUGUCUACUCCAAUACCAAAGCUAUAGCGAAAGGCAUCCACGCCUGAACAUGCCCAAAGCUCUGCAACUAUCUGCAUCCCAAUAGGUCUGCUUACUUAUCGCGACUCAAAACAG